UUUUAACUCUUGCUGAAAUCAUUGUACAUCUUAAGAAGCCUCACAAACAAAAUAAAAUAGGAAUAAAUGUGCUGGAAUCACAGUGAAUUUAGCACGGAGACCCAACAUCAACCCAAAAAGACCACAAAUGAUUUUGUUGCAUGACCCUUGUAUAGAAUUUAUCUCAGCUCAUUCCGGGGCCACUUUACCAGAAAUUGCGGACUUUCAAUCUAUCUGUUGGCUAAAUGUUAUCUUGCAUUAAAAAAAAAAACCCACAAAGUAUAAAAAGGGUUGGCAGUUAUUGCCCUACUCAUCAGGCUCGUUCACUUAAUGCUCCUCGCGUACAGGGGGGGUUUAAACGUGCGCUUGUCUCCAUUCCCCAAUGCACAGGAUGCAACCCGAGCCAGAAAGGUUGCCGUGCGCGGACCAGGAGGGGGAGAGAGAGACACACAGGAGCGCUUUGUAAAUACCCGCAUCUCGGGGAAGCACGUGGAGACGGGGAACUGCUGCUGCGCUCGCUCGCUCGCCGGCGCUCACACGCGCACUGCAAGGCACCGGCUGCGGCUCGCAUCAGCCCAAGCGAAGCGCGCUCAGGGAGAGAUCCGAUCGUCACGCCGCCGUGUCGCUUUGCAGCCAGCGAGGAAAUCGCCGCCGGUGUUCCCUUCAGACCGGGGCUUGCCGCCCCUGAAAGAUCCCAGGGACCGACCUUUCCUCAGCAGAAGAGGACAGCAGGAGUUGGUUGGAAGUACUCGCCGGGUCCGAGCGGAGCAUCCUGCGCACGUACAGCCGCACGCUGCGUCCUUGGCUUAGAGUCGAUCUUAUUUUUGAGCGCAGUUGUUUGUUUGGUUUUUUUUUUGGAUGGUUUCUUUUUGUUUCUUUCACCAGAAGCCUCAAAUAAAACACCGGUGGGAGAGCCGUGGUACACCGCGCUGUGGUAGCGGCUGCACGAUGUUCCGUGCUGGUUUGUGAUGUUGGGAUGAUGGCGGAGGGACAGGCUGCAGAAACUGGAUCGGGACCUUCGCUUAAUCCCGCGACGGUGCCGGGGGCUGCCGCGCCAGAACUAACCGGGCUGAGCAGCGACACCGCGCUGCCUUCGUCCAGCGGCCGGGCGUUCCUGGACGUGGCGGCGGCGGCGGCGGCCGUGGUCAGUGCCCAGCCGGUGGUCGGAGCCGAGGUCUUAUUCGCUAAUGGGAGGUACAGAGAGCACGGGAGUCCCAGGACUGGGCUCGGCAGCCGGGAUCACUCCGCCGAGCGGAUCCAGGUUGGAGCGCACCCGCCUUGCAGCAUCAUGAAGGAUGGAUCAAAGCAGAAGCAAGUGCGAAAAAAGACAGUCUCCUUCAGCACCAUGCCCAAUGACCGCAAGAUCAGCAGCACAGCUGCCUGCAUGUCCUUCAUGAUGGAGGGCUGUGAGAUGAAGAAGGUGCGCUCCAACUCCCGCAUGUACAAUCGCUACUUCAUCCUGGACUCUGACAUGCGCUUCCUGCGCUGGGAGCCCUCCAAGAAGGACUCGGAGAAAGCCAAGCUGGAGAUCAAAACCAUCAAGGAGGUGCGUCUGGGGAAGAAGACUCCAGUGCUCCGCAGCAAUGGACUGUCGGAUCAAUUCCCAGAGGAGUGUGCAUUCUCCAUCAUAUAUGGCGAAAACUAUGAAUCUCUAGAUUUGGUUGCAAGCACAGCAGACAUCGUCAACACAUGGGUGAUGGGGUUGAGAUAUCUGGUCUCUUAUGGGAGGCACACCGUUGAUGUGAUCGAAGCUAACCAGCCCAGCCUGAGGACAUCAUGGAUUGGCUCUGUGUUUGAAGUGGUGGAUAUGGAGAAGAAAGGACACAUUGAUCUUUUCAGGGCCACCCAGAUCAUCAAGAGCUUGAAUCCAGGCAUGAAAGAGUCUAGGAUCGAGCUGAAGUUCAAGGAGUUGCAGAAGGCUAGGGAUCAAUAUGGAGAGGAUAUCACCCUUGACAUCUUCACCGAGGCCUACUGUGAGCUGUGCACGCGACCAGAAAUCUUCUUUCUCCUUGUGCAGUUCUCUAGCAACAAGGAGUACCUGGACUGCAAAGACCUGAUGCUGUUUGUGGAGGUGGAGCAAGGCGUGGAAGGGGUAACAGAAGAGAUGUGCAUGGAGAUCAUCCGCAAGUACGAGCCAUCCGUCGAUGGGAAGGAACGAGGCUACCUCUCCAUAGAUGGCUUCACGCGCUACCUCCUUUCUCCCGAGUGCCACAUCUUUGACCCACAGCACAAAAAAGUCUGCCAGGACAUGACUCAGCCACUGUCGCAUUACUACAUCAACUCCUCUCACAAUGCCUCCCUCUUAGAAGACCAUUUCUGGGGCUCCUCGGACAUCAGUGGCUAUAUCAGAGCUCUGAAGAUGGGGUGCCGGAGCCUGGAGGUUGUGGUCUGGGAUGGUCCAGACAAUGAGCCUUUGAUCUAUGUGGGGAACUCAGUCUCCCAUCAAGUUGCCUUCUCUAAAAUCAUUGAUGUGAUCAACCAGUACGCCUUCGAAACCUCGGAGUACCCCUUAGUCCUCUGCCUGGUGACCCACUGCUCCGUCCAGCAGCAAACGGUCAUGGCACAGCACAUGAAGAAAAUCCUGGGGGACAAACUGUACAUGGAGCCGCCAGAAGCAGAGGAGCACUACCUCCCCUCUCCUGAGAAACUGAAAGGAAAGAUCCUCCUCAAGGGGAAGAAGUUGCCUCCGAAUUAUCCCGAUUCAGAAGCGGACGUGACGGAUGAGGACGAGGGCAUGGAGAUGUCCAGGAGACAUGGAGAAGAGGAGAAGGACCAGCUCAACGGGAUCACCUGCAAGAGACUGAGGCUGAGCAAGGAGCUCUCAGAUCUGGUGUCCUUGUGCAAGUCGGUUCAGUUCAGAGAUUUUGAAACAUCCAAAACGUGCCAGAAAUACUGGGAGAUGUGCUCAUUCAAUGAAGUGGAUGCCAAUAGGUUUGCCAAUGAAUACCCUGAAGACUUUGUGCGAUACAACAAGAGGUUUCUCUCCAGGGUUUACCCCAGCCCCAUGCGGAUUGAUGCCAGUAAUAUGAACCCUCAGGAUUUUUGGAAGUGCGGGUGCCAGAUAGUCGCUAUGAACUACCAGACUCCCGGUUUGAUGAUGGACUUGAACCUUGGGUGGUUCCGGCAGAAUGGCAACUGUGGUUAUGUGCUUCGCCCAUCCAUCAUGAGAGAAGAAGUGUCCUACUUCAGUGCCAACGCAAAGGACUCCUUGCCGGGGGUCUCAGCCCAGUUGCUGCACAUUAAAAUCAUCAGCGGGCAAAACCUGCCCAAACCCAAAGGCUCUGCUGCCAAGGGAGAUGUGGUGGAGCCGUACAUCUACGUGGAGAUCCAUGGCAUCCCCGCCGACUGUGCCGAGCAAAGGACUAAGACCGUCACCCAGAAUGGGGACAACCCCAUCUUCGACGAGAGCUUUGAGUUUCAGAUAAACCUCCCCGAGCUGGCAGCGCUGCGGUUCGUGGUGCUGGACGAUGACUACAUCGGGGAUGAGUUCAUCGCCCAGUACACCAUCCCCUUCGAAUGCCUUCAGCCAGGGUACAGGCACGUCCCCCUGCAGUCGCUGACCGGGGAGUUCCUCGUGAACACCACUCUCUUCGUCCACAUCGCCAUCACCAACCGCAGGGGAGGAGGGAAGGCGCACAAACGGGGUCUGUCGGUGCGAAAGGGAAGGAGGGCCCGGGAGUACACAUCCACCAAAACCACAGGGAUCAAGGCUGUCGAUGAGCUCUUCAGAGCCGCCACUCAGCCUCUGAGAGAGGCCACGGACCUCCGCGAAAAUGUGCAGAACGCCAUGGUGUCCUUUAAGGAGCUGUGCGGCCUGACGCCGGCUGCCAACAUGAAGCAGUGCAUCCUGACGGUGUCGACGUGGCUGCUGAACAGCGACCGGGCCCUGCAGGUGACGGUGAACCUCAGUGAGGCCUACCCCACCAUGGAGGCCCAGGGCCCGGUGCCGGAGCUGUUGCGCAAAGUGCUGAUGGCCUACGACACGAUGAUCCAGACAAGCCGCACAUUGAUUGAGUCCGCAGACGCUGUGUACGCCAAGCUCAUCCAAGCACAGAGAGCAGGGCUGGAUUUCCACGAAGACCUUCACAGGCUCGGAGCCAAGGAGGGACUGAAGGGGAGGAAGCUCCAAAAAGCCAUGGAGAGUUACGCCUGGAACAUCACUGUGCUGAAGGGCCAGGCCGACCUCCUGAGGCACGCCAAGAGUGAGGCGCUGGACACCCUGCGGCAGAUCCACUGCGCCGCCCAGUCCUGCGGCCUCAUGAAGAACGGAGCCGCCGCCGCCUCCUCCUCCUCCUCCCCCGAGCUGCUGCGGGCGCGCUCCGGCCUGGACCCCGUCCCCGAGAGCGAAACGGGCAGCGACACCGGGUCCUGCUGAGAGACCCGGCGGAGGGGCGCUGCCACGAGAGAGCGUCGAGGAAGACCUCCAGAACUCGGCCUCCUCUGCCUCCGCCGCGCGCCUGGCGGCCAGGAAGGCAGAUUCCCAGCAGGAAGACGCUCCCGAUGAGGACGGCUCCAUUUUGCGGGAUAUCCCCACUCUUCCCAGCAGUGACGCCCCACCGCCCUCCAAGCAACGUGCUCCUUAGCCUCACAUCCUUGUCUGAGAGGGCAGCUGGAGACCCAGAUCCAGACGCCAAGGGCAGAGGAAAGUUUCCUGGCCCAGAUUCCGACAGUCGCUUGCAGAAGGGAAGAAACUGCAGCUGGCAUGCGGAUCUGCCAUGCCUGGACUUCAACAGCACUCCCUUCCACUGUCAGUCUUCUUCUGCCCAUCUCCCGUACAGUUGUGACCAAUAGGCACUCCACAAACCAGCCUUCUCCACACUCCACUGGCGUUCGAGGAAAAAAAACUCCCUGGUGUUUCAGACUCUCAUACGCACCAGCUUUCUUUCAAAGCCUGAAAGGUUGUGCCCAAUGUGAAAAUAAAAGCAAGCAAACCUCCUCCUUUGGGCACUCUGCAUUUUUCGCGACCCUCAGCAUCUUCUGUGCCAGGGGGUCUGGGGACAUCGGCUGGGUUUUUAACCUCCGCUGGCAAAAAAGAAGAAGAUCAGGAGCUUUCGUCUGCUGCUGCUGCUGGCCGAGGUGAAGCUCGGCCUUUGAGAACGGACCAGUGCAAACGCACUGCAACGUGCUGUUUGCAGAAAACCGCAAGACACUUGAAAACAAUCCGUGUGCUGGUACGCCCACACAGUGAGAACAGCACCAGAUUCACUUUCGGCAGUCAUCACACUUCUCUUGUUAUUUUUUUAAAACACUUUCUCUCCGGUAUGUUGUGUUCUUCUGGACCUGCGCGUCUUCGGGAGUGCGUUGUUACUGUAAAUUGGUUUACGAGCUGUGGUCUAACUGGAAAAAUGCCAUCGUGUUAUAAAUGUGAGGCCGGCUGUUAGGUGAUGAUAACCAGGCUUUUCUUGUGAAGCAAAGACAACAACAGGAAAUGUAAGGUCCUGAUGUUAUCUUUUUCAGUUUAAAGACAAUCUGACAUUCUGGAAAAUAGUUUUUUUUAAUGGUCAGCGUCCCUGAUCAUCGUAAUGAUAAAUAAUCAAUGUUAAUAUUGUUUCUUUAUACACGAUCACCCUGCUGAGGGAUGUUCUUUCGGUCAAUGAACGGGGGGAGGGUGAGGGAAAAUAAUAUUGUAAAAAAAAUAGGAUUUAAAAUAACUAAUUCAUUUUAUGGCUACUGUGAAUAUCGUCUGGUCAACAAACUAGCCCAUUAAACCUGGUUGAAUUAGAAA